AAAAAUUAAUGAAAACAAAAAUAGGCUUUUUGGUCUUAAUUUAAGGUUGGGCAUAAGGUUAGCAGUGUGGUUAAGUUUAAAAUCAGAGUUUAAGAAGAUGAAUUGUAGAAAUAGGCGGGCAAGCUUGCUAAGCAAAAACAAAUGUACUGGACUUCCGCAUUUGGAUUCGUCACAACCACAAAGUUGCUCAACUGUUGCUCAGAUCAUCAAGUGCUGCAUUUGAAGACACUGCCACCUGCUGACAUGUGCCUCAAAUGUGAUGAUCAAAGAGUCCUCUACAGCCAUUUCAGUUAGAUAGCUAGAUAGAUUUUAUUUGACAGUUAUAAAUUACGACCAGGGGGAGAUACCACCAGUCCAGUCCCAUACAAGCCUUUCCUGUGACGUAUUAUGCGCGCACAUAAAAAUGUGACCUAUUGUGACGUAACCAAGCAUAAAUUCACUACAUAAACUGUGUUCAGCUUUGAUAUAAUCAGUACAAUUGCUUUCUUCAGUCAGGUUGUUUCAGGUGCAUAGUCUGCCCUAGCUGACACUGUGCAGAGAAUAAAUACUACGAUUGGAAACGGUUGGAUAGACCCGUCCUUGGAGUUUAGAACGUCUGAAAGCAAGAUGAAUCGUAAUGAUGAGAGAAUCAAAAGAGCUUUAAGGCGCCGCCCUUAUGUGUUGAAUCCAGUGAGGGUGAACACCCCUGAUUCUGUGAUGUGGCCAACCGGCAAAGAGCGCAGAAGUCCAAGGCCUUCUACUUCAGUGCAGACCCCUCAGAUCCACAAAAGGCCUCCAAUCAUUGUGAGCUGUGGGCAGGAACAGACAUCUGGGGAUGGAUGGGACAUCAAUCCAGAGACUCUUAGCCAGUCUGGAAGGGUGACUCGGCUGAUGGAUAGAAAUGAUGAUGGGGUGAUCUCAUCCUCCAACUCUGACAUCUCUAUCUACUCCUUCACUGACUGUGAAUCUGAGUCUGAUGAAAAGGAUCAUGAAAGGAGGACACCACCGCUGAAAGUGAAGGAUGAGGAGGAUGGAAAGGUGACAAGGCUUAAAAUUAUUGUGGCCAAACCCAACAUCCCUGUCAUUGUUGCUCCGCCUGCUGUGGAGUACUUACCAUACCACCACAGCCCUCGCCUGCCCCCAAUCACCAACCUGAGCGAGAACGGUAGGAAGCUGCUCCAGAAAAUGGCAGGAGUGGCCCCACAGGUGAGAGGAAAUACAGAAAGCCCUUGCCUGGCCCCCAUCACCAAUAAAGGAAGCCCUCGCCUGGCCCCCAUCACCAACCUGAGUGAGAACAGCAGGAAGCUGCUCCAGGAAAUGGCGCAGAAAAUGGCAGGAGUGUACCCACAGGUGAGAGGAAAUACAGAAAGCCCAUGCCUGGCCCCCAUCACCAAUACAGGAAGCCCUCGCCUGGCCCCCAUCACCAACCUGAGUGAGAACAGCAGGAAGCUGCUCCAGGAAAUGGCGCAGAAAAUGGCAGGAGUGUACCCACAGGUGAGAGGAAACAGGAAGGGGAUAUUGGCCAUAUGUCCUACAGUAUAUCAUAACUCUAGAUAUCGUAGCUCAAGAGUAGAAAAUAGCCAUAAGCUUAUAUUACUUUAUCUCCUUGUCCAAAUUAUUCAGGAAGGGAAGGUCAAAAGGAAAAAGGGCAAGGCAAAAAAGCAAGUGAAGCAAGAGCAGGCCAGUAACAUGAAGCAGGUGGAAAAUGUUGGAGAAAGUAAGGAGGACAAGAAAGAGGAAAAGAAGAGUCUGAGGAAAGGUUUCUCCAGUGGCUCUGCCCAAACUGAGAUGUUUGAAUAAAUAAUGGCCAUCUACUACUACAACACACACACACAUUUUGAGUAUUGCUUACUCCUCCAAUACACACAGAAACUUAAUUUCAGACACAGGAACAAUGUUUAGAAAAAUACACAUAUUGGUCUCGUUCUAAUAUUUUGAGACAUGCACUAUUCUUUAAAAUAAAAAAACUACAAAAAAAUUCCAAUAAAGCUUUUUAAAUUGCAAUUAUUUGUGUCAGACUGUUUUUUUCUUCUUCAUUAAUUACAACAAGGGAACAAUUAUUGUAGUGACAUUACAUGACAUGUUAUGUACCAGUGGGUGUUUUAUAUUCUGCUGUCCUGCACUGGAUCCCACUGUAGGUGGCAGUAGUGCACAAAAUAAUUGGUUUGCUCACCAGAAACCCAACCAGGCAGAGAGACUAUUGUUACCAUGCAACGAGCAGAUGCUUCAGUGCAGGGUUGCCAUGUCCGCAGUUUUGCUAACAUUUGGGCUACUUUGAAAAUGAUGUCGCGGGGGUAAACAUGGCAUUUCUUCAAACAAAACAUAUUUUUCACUGUGACCUGCUGCUGACUACCAGGCAGUGAGCAGGCAGGUUGUUACUGAAUGAGCAGUAGGAAGGGGGAGGGCCGUGUUUUUGUGUGUGUGUUUUAGAGCCACAGCAGGCAGCUGAGUCACCGGCCAUCAAGUAUGCUAUUAAUUUGUAUGCCAUUGUAGGAUACUGUAGCCUACCAUUUGAUACAAUAAAUAUGUUGAAAUUAAGAUAUCACUGGAGUCAUUGCAAGUCAA